AUGCAGUUCAAAUCCUUCAUCUGCGCGAUUCUGCCGCUGCUUUUUCAGCCUGGAUCUGCUAGCGGUGCUCCCAACAAUCGGGUUAUCAGGAACAUCGAGAAAUACACCGCCCCUAGGUCCGCGGCCAACUUCAGUAACAAUGUGUACCAGACCGACUUCGAAGGCGUGACCUGGGACGAAGAAAAUUGGCUUCUGAGCACGACCAACUUGGAACAGGGUCGCUUUCAAUCGCGAGGAUCCGUGGCGAACGGGUACUUAGGAAUCAAUGUUGCCAGUGCUGGUCCUUUCUUUGAAAUCGAUAGUCCCCAUGAUACCAACGGUUGGCCACUGUUCUCUACCCGCCAGUCCUUUGCAACGAUCAGUGGGUUUUUUGACUCGCAGCCUACCACAAACGGUAGCAACUUUCCUUGGUUGUCCCAGUACGGCGGCGACAGUGUCAUCAGCGGUGUCCCCCAUUGGGCUGGAAUCAUUUUGGAUCUUGGAAAUAAUACUUAUUUGGACGCAAAGGUGGACAACAAGACCAUCACCAAUUUUAGGACUACAUACGACUUUAAAUCAGGCGUCUUGGUCUGGUCCUAUAAAUGGAUGCCCCGGGGCAACAAGGGAUCGUACCAGAUUACCUACCGUCUUCUCGCCCACAAGCUGUACAUCAACCAGGCUAUGGUGGACAUGGAGAUUAUCCCAUCUGAGGAAUCGGAGGCGACCAUCGUGAAUGUUAUCGAUGGAGCAUGUGCAGUGCGUACAGAUUUCGUGGAGACUGGGCAGGACAACGGUGCUAUCUUCUCGGCUGUACGACCGAAUGGUAUCGCUAAUGUUACGGCCUAUAUAUACGCCAACAUGACUGGCUCGUCAAAUGUGGACCUCACUUCUCGCAGGAUUGUUUCCAACAAGCCAUAUGUUCAUGUCCACGAAUCGUCUAUUGCGCAAGCCAUGAACGUGAAGUUCAAGCCUGGUCAGGUAGUCCGCGUCACCAAAUAUGUCGGAGGAGCUUCUACGGAUGCCUUCCAGGACCCGAAACAAACAGCGAAAAAUGCCGCUUCCACCGCAAUGAGCAAUGGUUACACUGAGUCUAUUCGAUCUCAUAUCAUUGAAUGGGCAAGUGUUAUGCCUGAGAGCUCUGUUGACCACUAUGCGUUCCCGAACGGAACCCUACCUGCAGACAACAAUAUCAUUGAUUCUGCAAUCAUUUCCGUGACCAGCACAUACUACUUGCUGCAGAAUACCGUCGGCAAGAAUGCAGCCAAACAAGUCCCGGGAGCCCCGGUUAAUGUGAACAGUAUUUCAGAUGGCGGUUUAUCGUCUGAAUCUUACGGUGGCCUAUUCUUCUGGGUUGGGGAUGUGUGGAUGCAGCCCGGUCUUGUUACCUCUCACCCUGAAGCGUCCGAAGCAUUCACCAAUUACCGUGUGGCGAAAUAUGCGCAAGCACAGGAGAACAUUCAGACUGCGUUCUCAGGAUCUCAGAACCAGACCCAUUUCACUUCGUCAGCUGCCAUCUUCCCUUGGACCAGCGGACGGUUUGGUAAUUGCACAGCUACCGGCCCUUGCUGGGACUACCAGUAUCAUGUCAACGGAGAUAUCGGGAUUUCUAUGGUCAACCAAUGGGUUACAAGUGGUGAUACACAGCUGUUCAAAGAAAAACAUUUCCCCAUCUAUGACUCGGUGGCCACCCUCUAUGGGGAUCUUCUGGUUCGGAAUGGGUCUUAUUGGACAUUGACCAACAUGACUAACCCUGACGAGUACGCCAACAAUAUUGAUGCGGGUGGCUUCACGAUGCCGCUCAUUGCCAAGACCCUCCGACACGCCAACGCCUUUCGUCAGCAAUUUGGGCUUGAGGAGAAUGCCACAUGGGAUCAAAUGGCCGAGAAUGUUUUGGUACUUCGCGAUAAUGACGUGACUCUCGAGUUCACUGCCAUGAAUGGAAGCGGAGUGGUCAAGCAAGCUGAUGUCGUUAUGGUCACUUAUCCCCUGGGCUAUACUGCCAAUUACACCACUCAGAACUCACUGGAUGAUCUGGACUACUACGCUGCCAAACAGUCUGCCGAUGGCCCUGCGAUGACCUGGGCCAUCUUUUCUAUCGUCGCGAACGAGGUGGCGCCUUCCGGGUGCUCAGCCUACACAUAUGCUCAGUACUCGUACAAGCCUUAUACCCGCGCACCAUUUUUCCAAAUGUCGGAGCAGCUGUUGGAUAACCCUACCCUCAACGGUGGCACGCACCCGGCAUACCCCUUUCUGACUGGUCACGGUGGUGCCAACCAGGUCGCCAUAUAUGGUUAUCUUGGGCUACGACUGCUGCCAGAUGACGUCCUUUAUGUCGAUCCUAACUUGCCUCCACAGGUUCCAUACCUCAAAUAUCGCACCUUCUACUGGCGCGGGUGGCCUAUAUCUGCAUGGUCAAACUACACGCAUACGACCAUCAGCCAUGCCGUAGGAAUUGCGGCCCUUGAUACCGCCGAUCAGCGCUUUGCCAACAAGACAAUCACGAUCCACUCUGGCCCAAAGACCAACGCCACCACUUAUCACCUCCCUCUAAAGGGCGCCGUUGUCAUUCCCACACGACAGAGUGGGUCCGAGAAUACAGUGCCUGGCAACCUCGUACAAUGCCAGCCCGUUUACUCUUCCGACGCGUUUGAGCCUGGUCAAUUUCCUAUCUCCGUAGUGGAUGGUGCAGCCUCGACAAAAUGGCAGCCCUCACUCGCAUCUGAUGUGGCCUCUGUGACGGUCUCCUUCGACGAGGAAGAGGCCGGCACUAUGGUCUCCGGCUUCCUUUUCGACUGGGCGCAAGCACCCCCGGUCAAUGCCACAGUGAUCUUCCACAACAAGACCCUGCAAAAUCCUGCGAUGGCGCUUUCCUCCCCUCAAAGUUCAGAUUAUACAGUUGUUCACACAUUGAGCAACAUCACUCAAUCGAGUCCUUACGACCCUGAGACCACAAAUCUCGAUGUCAUAGCCAUCCCCACUGGCAAUACCACCAACGUGACUUUGUCAGCCCCCGUGCCCGCAGCACGAUAUGCUUCUCUACUCAUCGUGGGAAACCAAGCCCUCGGCCCUGUUGAUGUGCAGGCCAAGAAUGGUACUGGCGCAACUGUUGCCGAGUGGGCGAUUCUCGGAAAAGACAAGAAAAACGACCAGGCUUCCUCAGGCACUGAACCUGCUAAGGGAAAGAUGAAUGCGCAUGCCGCAGCUGCCGUAUCGAAUGCGGUUUCCAUGGGUCAGCGUCGGCAGAAACUGUCUCAACCUUAUGGAGGCUGA